AUGUGCUACGCCUGCGUCCCGUGGCAGUCAGCAGCACGAGGCACGUGGCUCACCCAUUUGCCACACCUUGUGCUGCCCCCGCUGCUGGGCGCCGCGCCGCACAGCAGGGCCCGCCAAGCCAUCGCAGGCUUUGUGAGUGGCAUUUACAAGGCCACUGCCGCAUUCCAGCAGGUGGACCCCUCACUGCCGCCGCUGUGGCAGGCCAUCACCAAGCUGGACAAGGCGGGGGUGGAGGCGGCCAUCAGGGCGGGCGCCGACCUUAACGCGCGCAACGCCGCCGGCGACACGCCGCUGCUCUACAUCGCCCGCGAGGGCCACUACAAGUUCCCCCCAAAGGACAUCCCCCUGGCCCUCAUCCAGGCGGGCGCUGACCUGGAGGCUAAGGACAGGGACGGCAAGACGGCGCUGGACGUUGCCCUUCUUUCCGGGUGGCAGAACAUCGCGGAGCUGCUGAUCAAGUCCAAGGCCCAGACGGGCGGCGUGGCGGCCAUCAAGGGUGCCGUCACCUGCCCCGACUGCAAGCGCAUCAUCGCUCAGUACGCGUUGUAA